AUGAAAGAAGUAGCAGACGCAAAUUUUCCAAAGACUUCAGAAGGAAGGGUUUAUCAUGUUGGAGUCAAGAGAGGAGAAGUUGCCAAUAGAAUUAUAACAGUUGGCGAUCAUAGCAGAGCAAAGGUUCUAGCUGAACUUCUUGAUCAGGCUCCGAGUCCAUACGUCGUGCAGUCAGAAAGAAAUUUUCUUACCAUUACCGGAAGAUACAAAGGAGUGCCAGUGAGCAUAGUAGCGAUUGGAAUGGGUUUUGCGAUGGUAGACUUCUUUGUUAGAGAAGUUAGAGCAGUAGUAGAUGGCGAAUUGGCAAUUAUCAGGAUGGGUUCAUGCGGAACAAUAGGAUCAGCAGAAACUGGAUCGAUGGUAGUUCCCGAUGGCGCAUUUGUGUACCAUGCCGAUGAUCAACUGCAUAAACAGCUCAAAUCGGAGAUCUAUAAACGAUUUCCCCAACCUGAAGUCUACGUCGGUCUAGACGCUUCAUGCGAUAGCUUCUAUUCUUCACAGGGACGAACGGACGUCAACUUUGAUGACUACAACUCAUCCGUAAUCUCUUACAUUACAACUGUCUACCCACGUACACAGACAAUGGAAAUGGAGACGGCGAUCCUGUAUCGAAUGGCAGGAGCUAGUAAUAAUCAUCCACUCAAAGAUAAGAGCAAGAAACACAGUAUCAAGGUCGCAGCUGCUAUGAUGGUAUAUGCCAAUAGGAAGAACAACGACUUUGUUUCUCCCGACAGAGUGAAGUUUUUGGAAAAACAGGCUGGGGAGGCUGUACUUGAAGCCAUCGUUAAGAUCAACUUGGAUGAACUGCAUAGUGAGAAGGGUAGUGUUUGGAGCAAACUAUAG